AUGGAGGGUACAGAAAUCGCAGUAGCAGUAACAAUGCGCAAUCUACGCAAGAAGCCACGCGUUAGCUACGCUGAACCCGAAGAGCCCAGCUUGGACGAAUACGUUUUUUGCGCGGAGUGUCGGGAUUACGUAUAUGAGUAUUGCUCUAUACACGGACCCUUGCUCAUCGUACCCGACGACAAGGUGCCAUCAAAAUCGCCCUACCCUCCCAUAGUCCCGCGCGCCGCCCUGACCAUUCCUCGCGUGUUCCUACACAUCGCCCCUUCCAUCAUAACAGGAGCUGGUUUGGGAGUGUUCACUACGUUAACCUUGCCCAGUGGGGUCCGCUUCGGUCCUUACCGAGGCAAGAAGACCAAAGAAGUAACUUCCACGUAUUGCUGGCAGCUGUACGAUCGCAACGGCAAGCGGUCGCACGUGGUCGACGCCGACGACGCCAACAGCUCCAACUGGAUGCGCUACGUGAACUGCUCGCGCCACUGGUGCGAGCAGAACCUGGUCGCGUUCCAGUACCGGGGCGAGCUGUACUACAGGACAAUAAAAAUCAUUCCCCGUUUCACGGAGCUGAUGGUGUUCUACGGAGGCGAGUUCGCCAACAUGCUGCAUAUCAACAUACGGACAUACAACUCCCCUGCGGGAUACGCACAGAAGUUUGGAGCACCUCCCAAGAAAUCACACACAACUAUAAAGAAUACACCACCUACAUUAACGUCAUCCAAAGAAAAUAAUAAGAAAUCGCCACCCAUUAUGAAUCAAGCUAAGAGAGUAGAAUGUGACGCCAACAAGGAAAACCAACGAAACAGUGAAGAUAAAAAUGUAAAAACGAAAACGAAUAAACCUAAAACCUUAGCCGUCAAGAAAAAGUAUAUACCGCCGAUGAAAAAGGCGAAUGUAAUUCAAAAUGAAUUAAACAUAAAAAAUAACCAAAAGAUAGAAGUCUGUGACAGAUCAACGUCCGUUACGGAACCGGUGGCAAAAAGAGCUAAGCUACAGCCCAUUGUGGCAAAAUUCGAAGAGCAAAAAGUUAUAGAAACUGAACCCGAAUCAAACACCCAAAAGAUUGUUGUGAACCAAAGCGAUAUUUUACUCCAAAACAACUUAAUUUGUGAUAUUUGCCAAUAUAGAAGCAACUCCAAAAACAAUUUGGAGAAACACUUGAUUUUACACACACAUGUCAAUAACGUAUUUAAGUGUAGCUAUUGUGGAUAUACGACUAAGAAUAAAUUUUGCUUGAUAUUACAUUUGAAAACUCACACUGGUGAGAAACCGUUCUCUUGUAAUGAUUGUGAUUACAAAUGCACAACAAGCGGUGCCUUGAAGAGCCACAUGAGCACACACACUGGUGAGAAACCGUUCUCUUGUAAUGUUUGUGAUUACAAAUGUACACAAAGCUGUAAUUUAAAGACACACAUGAGAACACACACUGGUGAGAAUCCGUUCUCUUGUAAUGUUUGUGAUUACAAAUGUACACAAAGCUGUAAUUUAAAGACACACAUGAGAACACACACUGGUGAGAAUCCGUUCUCUUGUAAUGUUUGUGAUUACAAAUGUACACAAAGGUGUAGUUUAAAGACACACAUGAGAACACACACUGGUGAGAAUCCGUUCUCUUGUAAUGUUUGUGAUUACAAAUGUACAAGAAGCUGUAAUUUAAAGACACACAUGAGAACACACACUGGUGAGAAUCCGUUCUCUUGUAAUGUUUGUGAUUACAAAUGUACACAAAGCUGUAAUUUAAAGACACACAUGAGAACACACACUGGUGAGAAACCGUUCUCUUGUAAUGGUUGUGAUUACAAAUGUUCAACAAGCGGUAACUUAAAGAAACAUGUUAGAACACACACUGGUGAGAAACCGUUAUCUUGUAAUGUUUGUGAUUACAAAUGUACACGAAGCUGUUAUUUAAAGACACACAUGAGAACACACUGGUGAAAUACAAAACUUGUAAAUUUUUUAAGUAUUCGCAUGGGAACACGUCAUAUUUGAGAGACCAAGCACACCUGAUGGUAAGUGGAAAAUCACCGCCUAUAAACAGAGCAACACUUUGCACGGCAUGCAAGGAACCCAUUUUUCCCACCAUUAUCGAUCACCAGUCUAAGACGGUAGCGCACUAACCUGUAAGGGUAUGGUAGUAUCGGUUUCUACGCGACAUCGCACCGGAUCAAUAAAUCGCUUAGCUGCGCGUCUUUUGUCGGUAGGGUGGUUACUAGCCACCGCCGAAGCCUUCUAUCAGACCAGAGGAAAAGAAGAAAUGAUAAAUUCCAAAAUUGCCCCUGCCGGAAUCGAACCCGGAACCUCCUAAUUAAAUUCACAGUUCUCACCGUUGCGCCAGUCCAUCAACCUGGGGGCAACUGUUAAGCCGUUUUAAUGGUAGCAUUACAAGC